AUGUUCAAUGUGGAUCUGGCCCUUCUCGAGCCCUAUCUCACCCAUAUUCAUGUCUAUUGCCAGGGCAAGAGGCCAAAGUAUGGGCGGAAGGCACCGCCAUCCACUUCCGAGCAGCGUGCCACCCCGGAGGUGAUCCCCAGCACCCAGUCGACGCACACCGAUGUGGAGAAGCUAGUUGCAUGCCGUCAUUCCCUUCCCGCGACCCCUCUCAACGAUUCUGGCUUCUCAUCGACAGUCUGUUCUCCAGAUGGAAGCCAUAGAUCGGCGGGUCCUCCUCUACCUGAGAUCGAUUCCGACUGUUCACCUCCAAAGAUGCGGAGGUUGUCCGUGGAA